CUUGUCAGGGGCCGUUGAGCAGGGACUGGCUGGGAUUAGGAUUUUCAGCUCACAUCCCGUCGGGGCUACGGCAGUAAGGAGGAAAAGACGUAAUUGAAAGCUCAACGGACAUCCCGACGUGAAGCCGCCUUCGGCCAAAUGAAGACGAAGAUAAUCCGGGUCCAGUCCCCGGAAGGGAUGAAGCGGAUCACGGCUACCAAGAGGGAAACGGCCGCCACGUUUUUAAAAAAGGUGGCCAAGGAGUUUGGCUUCGGGAAUAACGGCUUCUCGGUUUACAUCAAUAGAAACAAGACCGGCGAGAUAACCGCCUCCCCCAAUAAAUCCCUCAACCUGCUGAAAAUCAAACACGGCGACCUCCUGUUCCUCGUCCCGUCGGCGGGGCCGUCGGCGGCCAUGGACACCUCCGGCGGCCAGGGACCCCAGACCUGGAGCCUGGCCCCCGUGGUCGAAGACGAGAUCGACCAGUACCUGAGCAAGCAGGACGGGAAGAUCUACAGGAGCCGCGACCCCCAGCUCUGCCGGCACGGUCCCCUGGGAAAGUGUGUCCACUGCGUUCCUCUGGAGCCUUUUGACGAGGAUUACUUGAACCACCUGGAGCCGCCCGUGAAACACAUGUCUUUCCACGCCUACAUCCAGAAGCUGACCGGAGGAGCAGACAAAGGGAAGUUUGUGGCCCUGGAGAAUAUCAGCUGCAAGAUUAAGUCGGGCUGCGAAGAGCACCUCCCGUGGCCCAAUGGCAUCUGUACCAAGUGCCAGCCCAGUGCCAUCACCCUCAACAGACAGAAAUACAGGCACGUGGACAACAUCAUGUUCGAGAACCACACCAUCGCCGACCGCUUCCUGGACUUCUGGAGGAAAACGGGCAGCCAGCACUUCGGCUACCUGUACGGCCGCUACACGGAGCACAAGGACAUCCCCCUGGGCAUCCGAGCCGAGGUCGCCCUCAUCUACGAGCCCCCCCAGAUCGGUACGCAGAACAGCCUGGAGCUCCUGGAAGACCCCAAAGCCGAGGUGGUGGAUGAGAUGGCCGCCAAACUGGGCCUGAGAAAGGUUGGCUGGAUAUUUACCGACCUCGUCUCCGAAGACACUCGGAAGGGAACGGUCCGAUACAGCCGCAAUAAGGACACGUACUUCCUGAGCGCGGAGGAGUGCAUCACCGCCGGAAACUUCCAGAACAAGCACCCCAACAUGUGCCGGCUCUCCCCGGACGGACACUUCGGAUCCAAGUUCGUCACGGCCGUGGCGACAGGCGGCCCGGACAACCAGGUCCACUUCGAGGGCUACCAGGUGUCCAACCAGUGCAUGGCCCUGGUCCGGGACGAGUGCCUGCUGCCCUGCCGGGACGCCCCGGAGCUGGGCUACGCCAAGGAGUCCAGCAGCGAGCAGUACGUCCCCGACGUCUUCUACAAGGAUAUCGACAAGUUCGGCAACGAGAUCACCCAGCUGGCCCGCCCCCUGCCCGUGGAGUACCUGAUCAUCGACAUCACGACGACCUUCCCCAAGGAUCCGGUUUACACCUUUUCCAUUUCUCAAAGCCCGUUCCCCAUCGAGAACCGCGACGUCCUCGGAGAGACGCAGGACUUCCACAGUCUGGCCACGUACCUGGCCCAGAACCCCACCUCCGUUUUCCUCGACGUCAUCUCGGACUUCCACCUGCUGCUCUUCCUGGUCACCAACGAGGUCAUGCCCCUUCAGGACAGCAUGAGCUUGCUGCUGGAGGCCGUCAGGACCCGCAACGAGGAGCUGGCCCAGACGUGGAAGAAGUCGGAGCAGUGGGCCACCAUCGAGCAGCUCUGCAGCACGGUCGGGGUCCAGCUUCCAGGCCUGCCGGAGUUCGGCGGGGGUCCGGGGCCCGCCUCCUCCUCCUCCUCGGCCUCCGCCUCGGCCUCCUCCGCCUCGGCCUCCUCCGCCUCGGCCUCGGCCUCGGCCAUGUGGGCCUGUCAGCACUGCACCUUCAUGAACCAGCCGGGCACGGACCACUGCGAGAUGUGCAGUCUCCCCAGGGCCUGACCUCCGCCCGCCGGCCCGUCCCCCGCAAUGAAGCCCCGGCCGCGGGCUGACCGGCGACGGGGGGGGGCGGGCUCCGAGACCUCCGAAGUGGGCGCCCGCGAGACGCGGUUUCACCCCGAAA